AUGGAACAUGGCAUUUAUGACGUUGAAACACCCAAGGAUACACCACUGUGUGGUCAAUAUAAAAAGAGUUUUGCAUAUUUUACAAUACGUUAUCGUUUGCCAAAUAUAUUGAUGUCUCUAUUGGAUUCCAUGCGAGCAGAUUUGAAAGCAAAUUCAUCAAUGUAUCAAGAGUCUGACAUAUCCUUGGUGUUGGAAUCAAUUGAGAAUCUUAAAAGCCAAGUCGAAAAUAAUCACAAAUUACAGAAGAUUUCAUCCAAAGCUCCCGAUGUUGACUUGUGGAAUAAUUUUAUUACAAAUUUACCAGAAAAUGCCGGCUUCUUCAAUGUAUGUUGGCUAUAUGCCGAAUGUUAUUUGUACCGGAAAAUCUAUUCAAUAUUUGAGGCUGGCAAUAGUUUGGCACAAUAUGAUUAUUUUGGACCACAGAAAAUGAAAGCAUUGCAAAUGUCCGAGGGGGUUAUGGAAGAGUUAAUACAAACCACCAGUGAUUGUGAGAACACGUGUGAAACCUUUUGUCACAUACUUAAGCUAAAUCUGUGGGGCAAUAAAUGUGAUUUGUCACUGAGUUCGGGCAAAGAUGUUAAACCCCUGGAAAAUCUAAGCCAAUUAGUUCUUAGCUUAAACAAAAACAUAUUGGUUGAUGAUAGUCCCACCAUAUGGCAGUGUCUAAAUCAAUCGACGGCGGCGGCGGCGGAAGAAGAGGAUAAAAAGUAUGUUGAUUUUAUAUGUGAUAAUGCUGGUUUUGAACUCUUUACCGACUUACUUUUCGGCCAGUAUUUGUUGAGAAGCGGCUUGGCCACUGUUGUACGUUUUCAUGUCAAGGCCAUGCCAUGGUUUGUUUCGGAUACCACCCGACAAGAUAUACACAAAACCUUAAACUAUUUACAAGAACAUAAAUCACAAAUUUUAAAGGAUUUUGGUGUACAAUGUGCCCAGUGUUUUGCCGAAGGUUAUUUUCAAAUAGCCGACACGGAAUAUUUUUGGACAACACCCUACGAAUUUUACAGAAUGAUUGAUAUAAAUGCCAAGUUUUAUAAGCAGUUGUCCUCAUCAAGCCUGUUAAUAUUUAAAGGUGAUUUAAAUUACCGCAAAUUGUUGGGCGAUUUCAAUUGGAAUUUUAGUGAGGAAUUUCGUAAAUGUUUGCGUGGUUUCCAUCCCACAAAUCUAUGUACAUUGCGCACAAUAAAGGGAGAUCUCCUAUGCGGCCUAAAAUCGGACUCUGUCAAGUGCCCCGACUUGGCGGAACAAUUGCGUUUCAGAAAACAUGAUUGGAUGUUUACGGGAAAUUAUGCAGUUGUACAGUUUUUGGCUGGCAAUGAUGGAACAAUUUAA